AGUCGUGCGACCGUUAGUUACCGGAGCAGUGUGGUAUUACGGGAUGGACACACGGCAGCCUGUGUAGGCGGAGGGGGCGCUCGGCUGCUCGGUCUGCGCGACAUCCUCCGUCCGCACCGGUCGCCCGCGUGUUUCCGGUGCGCUCGCGACGCGCGUCCCGUCCCGUCCCGUCGCGUCGCGUCGCGGGAGCUGCCGACGACCGCUGACAUCACGCGAGACUUCCGGGACUCGACGGCGUCGACGUGUCGGAUACUAUCAACCGGGGGUGCGGGGCGGACGUGAGUUGACGCCGUGUGGAUGAACAACAACACUCCCAUCGUGUAAACACACGCAGGAGAUGCUGCAGCCGCUCAAUCAAAGCAGCAAUAUCCCAUCUGUCACAGCCCCGGCAGCCAUCAUGCCCGGUGAGGAUAAGGCGCCGCAGCAGACACGCCACAGGAAAAAGAACAAAAAGUCCCGCUCCAAGGGGAAGAGCCCAGGUGGGAGUCCCGGCGCCCCCCUGAGAGACACUCUAGAUGGGCAGGAUGACCUCAAUUUGCCCCCAGUCCUCCAGCCUCUGCCUCCCAAAAAGCAGGCAGAGGAGAGGCCGAAAGUGUCCGUGGCCAAGAUGGAGGAGGAGUCGUCCAUGAGCAUCUGUCUUCAGGUGGUCUUCCCCUACCUGCUGGCGGGGAUGGGCAUGGUGAUGGCCGGCAUGGUGCUGGACAAUGUACAGCACUGGGAGGUGUUUAAGGUGAUUACAGAGAUUUUCAUCCUGAUACCUGCGCUGGUUGGCCUCAAAGGAAACCUGGAGAUGACCCUGGCCGCUCGCCUCUCCACUGCUGCCAACACGGGACAAAUGGACGACCCCAGUAAACAGUGGACCAUGGUGUGCAGCAAUCUGGCACUUAUACAGGUCCAGGCCACAGUGGUGGGCUUCCUCGCAGCCGUGGCAGCCGUGUGUUUAGGGGCAAUUUCGAGGGGAGGCGUUGAACUGGACCAGGCUGCUGUUCUGUGUGCCAGCAGCAUCACCACUGCAUUUGUAGCUGCUCUCUCUUUAGGCCUGGUGAUGAUAGGCGUGAUCAUCGGCUCCAGGAAGGUGGGGAUCAACCCUGACAACGUGGCCACGCCCAUCGCUGCCAGCCUGGGGGAUCUGAUCACCCUGUCCCUGCUGGCCGGGGUCAGCACCACGCUCUACAAUCAUAUAGACACAUGGUACCUGGCCCCUCUGGUGUGUCUGGUCUUCUUGGCUCUGAUCCCGCUGUGGGUGGUGGUGGCUCGACAGAGCCCUCAGAUCCGGGAGGUUCUCCGCUCCGGGUGGCAGCCUGUCAUAGUGGCCAUGUCCAUCAGCAGUUUUGGAGGCCUCAUCCUGGACAGGACAGUGAGCGAUCCCAACUUUGAGGGCAUGGCUGUCUUCACCCCCGUCAUUAACGGAGUGGGCGGUAACCUGGUGGCCAUCCAGGCCAGUAGGAUCUCCACGUACCUGCACUUUUGGAGCAUCCCCGGCGUGCUGCCCUAUAAGAUGAGGCAGCACUGGCCCAAUCCCUGCAUCACCUUCUUCUCCUCAGGGCUGAACUCCAAGUCGGCACGCGUGCUGCUGAUGCUGGUGAUCCCUGGUCACCUGCUCUUCCUCUACGCCAUCUCUCUGCUGCAGGGAGAGGAGGCGCCCAUCUCUGUUCCCUUCACCGUCUGCUACCUCUGCGCCGCUCUGCUACAGGUGGCGAUCCUCCUUUACGUCGCCGACCUCAUCGUGCGGUACAUGUGGCGGAGGAGUCUGGACCCCGACAACUUCUCCAUCCCCUACCUGACCGCCCUGGGGGACCUGCUGGGCACGGGCUUCCUGGCCCUGUGCUUCCGCUGCGUCUCACUCGCCCAGAGCCUGGGUCUAUGAAAUGAUUCCCCCUAUUCGCCCCGAACUCUCAGCCAGCCACUGUCAUGUCGCACCGAAUGUUGUCAGCGCAGAGAUGCUUUUGAUUGGACAAUAAAGUAUUUCCUGAUCUUUUAACACUGGGCCAGUUCCUACGAAGGGAUUUGUCUCUGUCACAAAAUUCAAACCUUUGCACUGGUGGAGAGACAGCACAUGUGACACCCGCCCAUUGACGCCCAUCCUCUGGGUGCGUACCGUAGGGUUAGCUCCCUGAACACGUCCAGCCCUCAGCCGGAUCUAAUUCUUUCAUUUGAGCGCAAACAACUUUACAGUACUUCAAAGUUUCUGUCCUUCAGAACUUCGACUCCAGUAUAUUGAACUUAAGUUUAAAAUCAUUCCUCUUUAUUUGUCUGUCAUGUAACCAAACAGAAUUUGAGUUCAGUGGCUUUGAGCUCACCUCACUUCUUAGCUCGUCCCUUUGGCUUCGUCAGAGAAAUAUGGAGGAACUUUUAACGUCAUAGAAGCAGAGCUGUGUCGGCCAGUAGAUUUUUCAACAGCCUUCACUGUGAGCGUUUGGUGAAUUUGUGGAAAUUAGUUUGAACAAACAGACCUAAACUUGUCCACAUUUGGACGUGCUGGACUAUGCAUUGAGGCGAGAGGUUGUGGUGGUUGGAUGUAUUUAGUACACCAACUGGAAUUUUCCUAAUGUUUUCUCCUGAUAGUUUUUUUUUAAGAUACUGUCUUACAAGGAGUCUAUCAAACAGAUAGCAUGAGGUAUUUUCAUACAGUGAAACAGUGAGAUUAGGAGGAAGGAGAUUAAGUGGGUGUGGCAGGAGUUUGUAUCAGUCAUGAGCAAUAGAUUCACAUCCCUCCCUGCAGUUUCGUGUACUCUGUUCCACAGAGCACCAUUACAUGUUCUUUUGUUGUUGUUUUUUUUGUGUGAAGUGAGGUAAGGAUCCUAAACUAAAGUGACCAUCAAAUCUGCUUUCCCUCGGUAGGGGUGAUACAACGUAUGUGUCACCGACCCAAAUGGAGUGCAAUCCAAAUUCUCUGAAAGGCGUUUGUUACAGGUAUCGUUUGACAUUUUGGAAAAUUGUUUUGUUUUUGUUGGCUUUUCUUGCUGAGAGUUAGAUGAGAACCAUUGAAACACUGUCAUGGCCAAAUGCUGAAUAUGGAGUUAGAAAGUAGAAAAACAUAAAUCAAGACACAUGAAUUGGAUGAUUUAUGGGGUUAUGUUUUUGGCCAGGAAUAAAGUUUUUUGUGAUUGAACAAAUGACAUAUAAAAUGUUAAUUAUAAGCUUUUUGUUGGACAGUGCCAGGCUAGCUGCUUCCUCCUGUUUCUACUCUUUCACGCUGAAUGAUCGCUGUUGUCAAUCUCUUGGCAACAGAGCAAAUAAGAAUCUUUUCCUACAAGGUCAAACUCCUUGAAGGUUCUGAACCAGGAACUGUUUGUUGUGGGGGAAAAAUAUCAACUAGUAAAGCUACAGUACUAGUCCUGUGUAAAAAAAACUCCUGUAACCACUGACAGCCUAUCCCCCUCACGCAGUUCUUCCACUGUGGAGAAAUCUGUUUCACAGCAAGUCGCCACAAUACCAAAACAAUCAUAGGUAAGAGAAGGUUCUUUUUGUUUUCAGCAGGAAAUAUCACAAUUGUGACUUACACGAUCCCUCACAUAAACUGUCUCCUGAAUGUCUAAUAUGCAGAUGACGUUUUGCUUUCCGUUGGCACACAGAGUAGGUCCACGAAUGCAACGGCAUCUAUUUGGCACGUGCGAAUAAUAAUCAUGUGCAGAUGUAAGAUUGUUUAGAGACAAUACUCUCAGAGCCCUCUGAUGCCCCGAUGAAUGUGUUCACGCCUCUUGCUUUUUGAAUUGCAAUCUCAAUAUUCACAAAAUAUUUCACAAUAUUGUAUUUUCUUGUCAAUGUUGUGCUGCCACACUCGUGAAAAAGCCAACAAACCAAACAGCAGUGAACCGAUGCAGGUGACCUCCCCAAGUAUUUGUUUUUCCACCCGUCGGCCCCAGGUUUUUGUGUUUACGUUGACUGCCUAGCUGCGGAGGGUCUCGGCUGUUCCCUCACUUACUGCCUUACUGCUCAUUAUGAAGUACUUACUGCUCUAUUGAAGUAGCACAUUCAUCUCACAUUUAAAGUCAUGUUUAAGCAUCCUGAUAUCCAAACUGACAUAUGUGUAUAUAUAUAUAUAUGUAUAUAUAUAUAUAUAUAUGUAUAUGUAUAUAUAUACACACAUAUAUAUAUAUAUACACACACAUAUAUAUAUAUACAUACACAAAAGAUUACAAUUACUGCAUAAACCAGGGUUUUGGAAACAGAGUUUAUAGUCUGAAGUACACUGGCCAUCUCUGUAUCCUGCUAUCGUACUCGCAUGUUUGCAUUUCUUGGUGCGUGUAUGAGCAUCAUCUCAAAGUUUUACACAGUAUCUCAAAACCACACAGAAGUGUGUGUCUGUGCGUGCGUGCGCGAAUGCACUCAUGGAGUCAGAGUCACAUGGAACAUUUUUUUCUACUUGCUGUUACCUGUUGUAUCUUUAGAGGAAAAACCUCAUACACACUAAAAAAUUGAGGCGAUUCUCAUCGGAUGAAUAUUUACGUGAGGUAUUUCUGUGCUGAUAGUGCUUUGCUGAAAGCUUUGACUGUGACACUGUCACACAGUACUUUCUACGCUAGAAGGCAGAGACAUAUUGACGAUGCACUAAUCGAAUCACAGUUUAUUUUCACGUGAGCCUACCGUUUGAUAUUCAUGUGUUCACUGUGAUCCUGUGCGAUUUAGAUCUUGAGGUCGUGUUGCGUCAGAACAUGCAGUAUGUGUGUCUUAAUCAGUGGGCUGGACGAUAUAACCUGAACCUGCAUCGUUAUAUUUAUUUAAUAAAUGUAAUAUUUAUUUUAAUACAUCUUUGGAUUUUUUUUAUUUAUUGUUGUGUUGGGUCACAUCUAACCUACUUGAUUACAAUCUGACCAGUUAAAGGUUCUAGACCUCUGGACACAGCUUACUGUUUCCUGUAGCCUUUCUUCUAUUAGAUAUAUGGACCAGGUUCAUAAUAAUGGUAGGAAAUUGUUACAUGUGUAUUCGUUUAUUGCCAAGAUUUAGAUGAGAAGAUUGCUUAAAGGGGCAGUGAGCGCUUCUAAACAAACAUACGUUUUGUAAAAAUCUGCGAAUAUUUCCUCACAGUCCACUAGUUGUCGCUUUUGUGUGUAUGUGUGCGGCGGGGGAAAAAAAUCAGGGUUUUCGCCGCAGCCCAGCCCCUUUAAAUCGAAAACAAAAAAAAAAUGGUUCGGACCGCACCAAACAACAACGCAAGUGCCGUUCAUAAAAAACAUCACUCCGUUUGUGAACAAUAGCGCUGCUAUUCCGGCCUAGUGGCCAGUGCGCUGGUCUCCCAUACCCGAGGUCGGGGGUUCGCGACCCGGCCAGAGCGGUAAAAUCACAACAACAACAACAAAGAGAGAACACAGCCUUCUCAAGAAUCACUUAGUGCCCUCUUCGUCUUCUGUUGUAAUAGUAAGAAGAACAAAAAAACAUAAUUAAAAUCCCGUUGGCAUUUCAAAUAAUGCAAACAACCAAGUCUUCAGUGUUCGUUAAGCCCUUCUCAUGCACCCUUUAAAAAAAAAAAAGAAGUAUGGUUUAUCAUCCAGCCCCGCCAAUUGGGGUAUGUCCGAGUGUGAUGAAAAAGUUAUUACAAACUUGCACUUUAGCUGUAAUAGUUGCCUUGAAAACAAAACCAGUGUCUACUGUCUCGAGUAAAAAUCUCGUCAUCUACAACCCUGUCAGUGUCCUCCCUCUCUUUCUUCCUGUAGGCCAAACUUGGUACUGUACUUUAACGUUGACGCUGCCACAUGGAGACCGUAGAGACCUUUGCCUUUAGUUUCUCUAACCUCGCUGUGUUCACCGUCACCAGAGCUUCCACACCUACACCGUUUUUACUGUCGUGUGUGUGUGUGUGUGUGUGUGUGCGUGUGUGUGCGCGCGUGCGUGUGUAAAGAUCAAGUGUGGGAUCAAAAACGUGUUUGGCAAAAAGUUGGUGUUUAUGUGAUUUUGUGGCUACGAUGAAUUAUAUUUUAAUAAAAAGCAACCAUGUAAUGAAA